UCAAUAAAGUUAAAUAACAAAGAACAGCAAAGCAGAGCCAAUCACUCUCGAUCUCUAUCAUCUUUCCAUCUCAAGAUUUCCUUCUUUUUGUGUGUUUGGUUGCAAGGAAAUGAAUCUACAUUCACUGCUUAUAGUUUACAGUUGACAGGUUUGUGCAUGAAUGACAUAAAGAGGCUUAGCCCCUUGUUUCAUUUCACAUUAUAAAUUAAAGAAACCUUAUCUUUUCUAUCUUAGACAACUAGGAAUGACACAAUAAUACAUUCUAGUACAGAAACACACACUUGAUAUAUAUAUAUAUAAGCCAAUCCACCUAGUCAUUGUUAAUCAUAUUGGAGAGAUCGAAGUUUCGAAAUGUCUUGGUUCCUGACUAUCAUCAUUCUCAGCUUCAUCACAUUUCAUAAUCUGGCAGACGCUAAACAUGAGAAGAAGCAGCUUCCAUCUGCAGUUGUUGUUGGCACUGUUUAUUGUGACACAUGCUUCAUGGAGCAAUUCUCAAAGACUAGCCACUUCAUUUCAGGUGCAUCGGUUGCAGUAGAAUGUGGAGGAGACACAAGUUCAAGAACAAGUUUCCGCGAGGAAGUGAAAACAAAUGAGCAUGGAGAAUUCAAAGUUCAUCUACCCUUUUCAGUUAGCAAACAUGUCAAGAAGAUUAAGCAAUGUUCGGUGAAGUUGAUCAGCAGCAAUGAGCCCUACUGUGCUGUGGCAUCAACAGCAACUUCGUCUUCGCUCCAUUUGAAGUCGAAAAAACAAGGAACUCACAUUUUCUCAGCAGGGUUUUUCACAUUCAAGCCUCUAACACAGCCAGACCUAUGCAACCAAAAACCAAGUAUAAAAAAUUCCAAGGAAUUCAAUUCCAUGAAACCUUUUGUCCCAACUCCUCCUAUUACAACAUUUCCACCCACAAUUCAAGACCCUCCAACACCAGUUAUACCACCCAUUGAUCUGCCUACGCUUCCACCACUGCCACUACUCCCUCCUCUGCCACCACUUCCUGGAUUUUCAGAUCUCCCAAUCCCAACAGUGCCUAAAAAGCCAACACUUUCAAAAACCACAAACAAUUUAAAAAAAUCUCAAUUUUUAGAUCAAAAGGAAAUCUCCUCAGACUUUUUACCAACCAUACCUCUCUUUCCUUCACCACCGGUUUUUGGAAUUCCGAAUCCAUUUCAGCCGCCUUCACUACUUCCUCCUAACCCUUUCCAGCCACCACCUUCCUUGAUUCCUCCCAACCCUUUUCAGCCACAGCCACCACCUUCAAUAUUUCCUCCCAACCCUUUUCAGCCCCCAUCUUCACCGCCUACUUUCAAUUUGCCACCAUUACCGGGCUUGACUCCAUCAUCACCGCCGCCACCACCACCCUUCACAAUUCCUCUCCCUCCAUUCCCAUUUCAACCAUCCCCUGGCUUCCCUGGUGUUCCACCAGCUUAAAGCCUUUCCUUGAUUAAUAUAUAAUUAUCUAGUCAUGUAUAAUUUUAUGAGAAUAACUGUCAGAUGUAGCUCAAUUCUACCUUUUUUUUUUUUUUUUUUUUUUUUUUGGGUUUUCAUAAUGAUAAUAUGGUCAUGGCCUUAUUUUGGCAGAACAAUGGGGUUGACUGGAACACGUAAUGUGAAUGUUAAGUAUCAAUGAGAAUUGCAGGAUAUUAAAUCA